AAAAUCAAUCGACGAGGCUAUAAAGUUACAUAGACUAAGAUGGCUAGGUCACGUGCUGCGCAUGCCUAACCACCGCCUCCCCCGACGGGCAUUGCUAGCUGAUAUAGGUUCAGGUUGGAAAAGAGCCAGUGGUGGCCAAACAAAAACAUGGCCUCAUCAAUCCAUGAAAUCCUUGACAGUUAAACUGAGUCAGGUAGGGAGAUGCAGACUCCCGGGUUGGGGCCCUCGGGACUCUAGGAAUCAAUGGCUGGAGACAAUAGGUGACAUGGCUCAAAAUCGUUGUCAAUGGCCAGCGCAGAUGUAUUCAGUCUCUGUAAUCUUUCAUAUUCCUUUCUACCAUUACCCAUUCUGUUUCACUCUUAUACUUGUCAAACUCUAUUGAUUCUCUUCACUCAUCUUCUUGUCUACCUUUGUGUGCUA